AUGAGAUUUGUGGAAAAUAUGCCACCACCAUCGUUAAACAUAUUCGAUAAAUUAGAACUAUAUGGAAAAGAACUAAAAUCGAACGAUAACGUUUUAAGUUCACUACGUGAACAGUGGAAAAGCAUACUUAGAAAAACAAAACUAGACUUAACAGCAUUAAUGAGACAAGCUAAAGUAGCUGAACUAAAACAAAUCAAUGACGAACAUCAAAAACUAGUACAAGAAAUAUCAGAACAUCUACGUGAAUCAUACGACAAGAUAUGUCAUGGCGUGCACAAUCAACGAAAACUAGUGCGCGCCCUAUCACGACAUCACCCAGGUUAUACAACAUCAAAACUUCAUCCACAUCAUACAGCUAUAAGUUUCCCGCCUCAGGCUAAUAAUAAAACAGAACUAUUGAGAGAUACAGAAGUAGGAAUACUUAACUUAGGUCCAAGUUUCGUUCCACCAGCACCGGAGCAAGUAUUGAAGAGACUCCCGAAAGAAAUACAACAGAUGAAAGAAAAAAUCUCAGCAGCUUGGAGGAGGACAACAAAAACGAUAGGACGAGAACCACCAAUAGUAAGAAAAUUCGGUGAGAGAAUAGAAGAAGAAAUUAAGAAAACUGUCGAAACAGAAAAAAUAAUAAUAAAAGAUACUACAAUGAAACAAGCUAUAGCAACAUUUAGAAAAAUCCAAAAAUAA